UAGUUUCCUCUCAACUUGGUUCUUUUUCUCUAUAAGAAGCAGCUUGGAAUCAGAUAUUUUGGCAUUAAUUACUAAUAAAAUCUUUAAUGAAGAAUGGCUUCAACAUUCAAGCUCGUCUUUGCUGUUCCUUUGUUGCUUCAGCUUUUAGAUUUCUGUAGGGGAGGUAAAGUUGGAGUUGACUUCGGAACGGAUGCUAAUAAUCUUCCAUCACCUGAUCAAGUAUCAGAUUUGGUUCAAAAACACAACAUUCAAUACCUCAGGAUUUAUGAUUCUGAUCCCAAAGUGCUGAAAUCCUUGUCAAACAUUGGCAUUGAACUUAUGGUAGGAGUUCAUAAUGAUGACUUAUCCAAAUUCCAGUCCCAAUCUUAUGUAGAUUCCUGGGUGAAGAACAGCAUCCUCCCAUACUACCCCGCUACAAAGAUCACCGACAUUUCUGUAGGUGUUGAAGUGACUGAUAGCCCAGAUGCCGCCAACUUGGCUGUGCCCGCCAUGAGAAAUGUCGUUUCAGCGUUGAAAAAGGUUGGCCUCCAGGGUAGGAUCAAGGUUUCAACUCCACUCUCCUUUGGGGUUUUAUCGAAAUCCUACCCACCUUCCGAUGGGGCAUUUGACGGUAGCCAUGAUAAUGUCUUGGGACCUUUGUUGGACUUCCUGGAAGAGAACCAAUCACCUUUUACGGUCAAUUUAUAUCCUUUUUACGCUAUUGGAGAUGCUUCUUUGGAUGCUGUUCUGUUUAAGUCACCCUCUUCAAUUUUCGUAGACCCGAAUACCGGUUUUAGUUACAAGAACAUUUUUGAUGCUCAACUAGAUGCUGUUCAUUUCGCUUUGGCCAAACGGAAAUCCAGAAGAAUACCGAUUAUUGUUACGGAAACCGGCUGGCCUACGAAAGGUUCAGGAGGACAUAGGUUAGCGAUGGCUAGUCUUGACAAUGUUGACGACUCCUAUGCUAGUAUUGACAAUGCCAAGACUUACAACACCAACUUAAUUCGUCAUGUUACAGAUGGCUCUGGUACUCCUGCUAGGCCUGACGAAGAGCUAGUUGUGUACAUUUUCUCCUUGUUUAAUGAGAACCUGAAGCAAGGACCGGAAAUAGAGAGAAACUUUGGUUUAUUUUAUCCCGACAUGAGGAGUGUUUAUAACCUGGUCUUCCCUGGAAAAGGAACCGGAAGAAGCUGGUGCGUUGCUUCUAGCCAGGCUUCAAAUUCGGCUUUACAGAAUGCGCUAGAUUGGGCUUGUGGUCCGGGAAAGGCGGAUUGCUCCGCUCUUCAGCCUGACCAGCAAUGUUUUGAACCAAAUAAUCUAGUUUCUCAUGCCUCUUUUGCAUUCAACAAUUACUACCAGAAAAAUGGGCUCACUGAUCAAGCAUGCAGUUUUGGAGGAACUGGGAUCGUAGUCUAUAACGACCCUAGCUAUGGUAGUUGCAUCUAUAAUGUAAAAAGUAGGGAUCCGAAAGGAAGAACUUGGUGCGUUGCUUCUAGUCAGGCUUCUAGGUCGAAUUUACAGAAUGCAUUAGAUUGGGCAUGCGGUCCUGGAAAAGCUGAUUGUUCGGAAAUUCAGCCUAACCAGAAAUGUUUUCAGCCAGAUACUCUACUUGCUCAUGCCUCUUUCGCCUUCAACAAUUACUACCAGAAAAAUGGUGCUACUGAUGCUUCCUGCAGUUUCCGUGGAAAUGCAAUCAAAGUUGAUCAGGAUCCUAGCUAUGGGAAUUGCAUCUAUCACUAAGAGGACGUAUCAUAAGAAUAAAGUAGUUGUUGUGAUUAUCGUGGGCGACCUCAUGAGCUAAGCUAAUGUUACCAACGUAUAAUUAUUGCGAUUAUCACAUGAUUACCAAAACUGCAGCUUGUAAUACGACUACCAUUGCUACUUCUUUGUAAUGGUUUUCAUCAGUGAAUCUAUUAAAAAUAACUUUUAACGGUUAAAAAA